AUGAAGCCUGCAUGGCUAAAAGGGCUGAUGGAGGAGAAAUUCUUCGAGCAGUGCGGGAUUCACCAGAAUCGCAGGAAGAACGAAAAGAACAUUUUCUGCUUGAAUUGUUGCCGAAGCUUUUGCCCUCACUGCCUCCCUUCUCAUUCUCCCUCUCAUCCUUUACUCCAGGUUAGGAAGUACGUUUAUCACGAUGUUAUUAGAUUGGACGAUCUUGAAAAGCUCAUCGACUGUUGUCAUAUUCAGCCCUACACGAUAAAUAGUGCAAAAGUUAUAUUCUUGAAUCAGAGAGCUCAAUCUAGAUCUUGCAAGGGUUCUGGCAAUACUUGUUUCACAUGUGACAGAAUUCUUCAAGAGCCAUUUAACUUCUGUUCUCUCUCAUGCAAGGUGGAUCACAUGACUUGUCACGGGGAAGAUUUGUCAAGCAUACUGUUUAGGUUUGAUGAAUCUGAUUUCACUCUCGAGGGGCUUCACAUUGAUGCCUUAGAAGACGCUCAAAUGACUCCCGACUCCUUCUUAGAGGACCCAAUAUUGGAAGAAUAUAGUGGGUCGUCGCACUCUAGUUAUGACAUAGGCAAUUCUGCAACCUUCAAGGAAAAAGACGCUGCGAAAAGGAAGGGAAAAGGCGGGUUCCUUCCUGGUAUUAUGCUCUCCUUGAGCAACCGGAGAAAGAGAGCUCCUCAUAGAUCUCCUCUCUCUUGA